AUGACACCCACAACAUUUGAAACCGAAAUAUAUGACGGUUUGUUAAAACGCAUACUGGAAUCAGACGCGGACGAUGACUUUUCUAAGCAUUUUCCAUUGUCUAAUAGUAUUCCGGAAGUGCCAUUACCACCAGAACUUGAAGCUGCUUUGGAAGAUACAGCUCAAACAGAAAAGUAUUUAUGUAAUCUUAAAGAGGCAUGGAAAGCUGCGGGUUUGACUGACGCAAUGAAAAGGGCACUUGAGCUCUUACAUGAUAAUAGUGGGCUGACAAGUGGGAACAGCGGAGACGACGACGAAGAUUCUGAUGGAAGUAAUGAUGAGCCAUCUACUCCGACUACCGAUAUACAGGACGUUCAACCGCAACCAAAAGUAGCAGAGGGAUCGAUAUCGCGUCUUGUGAACGGUGUUUCUUCAUUGGUUGAUAUCGAAACUUGCUUUAAUAAACUUCGAAUAUCGGAGCUGGAUCUCCCAAUUACUCCGGAAAGUACGAUAAAAUCUGUACUUACUGAAUUAUAUAAACUUCAAGAAGAUCUUCAAAUACAUUUACAAGGUGGACCAUUGGCUGAUCCAUCAACUUUGGGUACACAACGAAGAAAGAAAGUCGCCGAUCUGCUGGAACGGGUCAUGAAAGAAGCUGCUUUCUUAGAUAGAAUUUUGAAUGAAUCAGAAGGUUCUAGUGAGGAUGAUUUCAUAGAUUCGGAAACUUUAGAUACUGAAUCUGAAAUUCAGGAUUCGUUAUCAGACAUAUCUCGCAGGUCUGUGACAACUACAUCAACGACCCCACUUUCCCCAAGUUCUUUAAGAGCUCUUGAGCCUAGUUUAGCACGAUUACGUUCUGCAUCGUCUGCAUCAAAUCCUUCAAUGCAAUCUAAGGCGUCAUCUCGAUUAUCACGCUCAUCGUCUCCUUCAGUAAUGGGUCUUGAGGACUUGGGAUUGCUUGCCCCACCUGAACCAUGGGAGGCCUUUCGAUGGACACCUUUGUCAAAAAUAUCAGAGCAUUUGUACUCCUCAGAUACAAGGCAGAGUGAAGGUUUGGCUACAGUGCUUGCCGUUAGUGGAGUCAUCGCAGUUGGAACUACUCGUGGUUUAAUUUUAGUAUAUGAUUUUUCGCUAUCCUUAAAAUGCACUCUUGGAAGUACAGUGAACGCUCUUGAGCAUGGUGCGGUUACUUCACUCGCUAUUUCUUCUGACCACACUCAAAUUGUCAGUGGACAUGCACAGGGACAUAUAUUUAUAUGGGAUUUACAAAGACCUAUAAGUCCUGUGCGAUCUAUAUUACCUAUAUCUUCAGCUGUUGCUGCAGGUGGCAGAAAAGAAGGACAUAUUCGUGGUUCAUCAAUUUUACAUGUUGGAUUUGUCGGUGUAAGAAAAAAUGGAAUAGUUUCCGGAGACGAUAAUGGAAUGGCAUUUUAUCACAAUCUAUACAAAAUCAUGUUGGUUAAUGCUACAGAAACCACACGUAUACUUGGAAGAUAUCCUGCUUUUACAUCCAUUUCUGAUACAACUGCUUCUAAACAAAGGAGACCAAGUACGGUAUUCGGGUUAGCACCUUUGCCUCUCGGGCAAUCACCCCAUGGAUCUGAAGGUUUUGGACUUGUCGCGAUGCUUACGCCUUAUAAAAUGAUUAUUGUUAGUACUAAACCAACAGCUCAAACCCAGUAUAAAUAUUUAAAACCUAAAAAUGUUUCAGUUGAUUCUUCAUCCAAAUCAAUUGCUGGAUGUUUGGCAUGGUAUCCUGCUGCUAAAUUUCAACUAAAUAAUGACGCACCAAUCGAGCAUUCCGAUCCCCUACUUGCAUUUUCGUGGGGUAAUCACUUGACGAUUUUAAAAGUUACUGUCUCGCUUUCCGUUACUUCUGAACUCCCACCAACAAGGAGAAGACGGUCUGAACGCGAUAUCAAGCUCGAAUACACCAAGGUUGGCGAUUGGAAAUCGAUGAAUAGCAUAGUUGGACUACAAUGGCUAUCCCCGCAGAUAUUGUUGAUUUUGACAAAUACCGAAGAUAUUAUCGUAUUUGAUCCAAAAUUUUUGCAGGAAUUUGAGCAAAGUAAUAUUCGUCAAAGGUCAUUAGUAUAUCAUGAUAGGUACUCUUCGCUUUUUAAGGAUGUUACAUAUGACCCAAACGCGCAAGCAGAUAUGUCAAGACCAACGUUUGAAUUGGCUUACUACCAUAGUAUGCGCGUAUAUAAAGGAAACGUAUUUCUUUUGGGUGUGAGACAACUUUAUGUUGGGACACUCUUAUCAUGGGCUGAUCGUAUACUUGCACUUGUGCAAUCUGGUGAUUUCCUUGAAGCUAUAGCUUUAGCCACAUCUUUUUAUAAUAAAACAUCAUCUCAAACAAUUCUUGGUCUACCAGAUGAUGAAGAGAGUCGUCAUGCUAUUGUAGGCGAAAAACUCAUGGAUCUUUUGAAUGCUUCAAUAAAUUAUGCAUUCUCAAGUGAACGUACAUUCCAGGGUAUGGUUGAUGAACAUAAUGGUAGUGGUACAGUUUUGUUCCAUGAUUUAGCUAUUGCGUGUAUUGAGGCUUGUCUUAGUAUGCACAGAGAGGAUUUCCUAUUUAGCGAAGUUUAUGAACGAUAUUCUGAUGCUUUCGCUAAAGGAAUACUCCUCGAAGUUAUAGGAUCACACAUACUUGAAGAUAAAAUAAAGGACUUACCACCAGAAAUAAUGAAAGAUCUGGUUGAUCAUUAUAGGAAUCGUCGUAUGCUUGUAAAAGUCGAAAAAUGCAUAUGGCACAUUAAUCCUCAAUGCAUCGACAUUGAUCAAGUGGUUCAACUAUGUCAAAGUGAAGGACUUUAUGAUGCGAUGAUUUAUGUCUGGAAUCGAUCUAUGGUCGAUUACGUUAAUCCGGCUGUCGAGCUUCUUAAAGUAAUCAGAAAAAUCUUGAUAUCGGAAAAACGUAAGAAAAGGAAGCAUCGAUCUACUCCGUCAAGAUCAUCAAGAUCAUCCAUAUCGAUUGAUGCUAAUGUGCUUGAAGCGGGUGAAGAUUUGGAGACAAUGAAAACAAAUGCCCGCAAAUUCUAUACCUAUAUGAAAAAUAUACUUACUGGUCACACAUAUCCCAAUGGUGCACCACUUACUGAAGCGGAGGCUAAUGAAGCCCGAACAACAUUAUAUUCAUUUGUAUUUUCGGGUCGUUGUGUUGUAUGGCCCAGGCAUGGUGGAGAAUUAAUUUUAACAGCUGAGGAUGAGAUAAAAGGACCAGAACCUACUUAUCCCUAUCUUAGAAUAUUUUUAAGAUUUGAUGCAAAAGCUUUUUUGCAAGCUUUAGAAGUUGCUUUUGAAGAUUCUUAUUUAAAUGGGGUCGAAAUAAUUAUGAAUGGAGACGAAUAUUUUGAGGAGGAAGAAUUACCUGGGAAAAUUAUCAAUCGUCAAUUAUUAGUGAAUAUCCUGUUAGAAGUAAUGACAGGUUCUUCUGAUAUCUCAGAAUUUUCUCAGAAAGAUAUUUCCUAUUUAUAUAGUUUUGUAGCACGAAAUUUACCCAAAUAUCCACAAUUCCUGUUAUUAUCUCCUUCCGUAAUACAUAAAAUGCUGGUCGAACUCAGUACCGAUAACGAUCCUCAGACUCGUGAAGAGCGACAGCUUUCAGUUGAAUGUUUGUUGUCUAUAUAUACCCCAUCAGAUGAAAAUCAGAUGGUUCAAAGAUAUGAAAAUGCUGGUUUUUGGAGAGUGUUGGAACAUGUAUACAAGGCGGAUAAAAAAUAUGAUUUAUUGGUGACAACUUAUUUGAAAGAUCCUGAACGAAGAAAAGAAGUCUUUGAUUGUAUACGUAGCUUAUUAAAUACAAAAAGUAAGCUUACAGAGGAGCAACGAGAAAAGGUUACACAAAAAAUUAUAGAGAAAAUUAAAGACAUUGUUGAUAUUGAUGGCGAACAGACUGCCGCAAUAAUUAAAGCAUAUUUUAACAGUGAUCAUCGAACUGUAAUCUCGAAUUUGAUAACAUCUCCUGCACGUUUAUUUACUUAUUUGAGGGGACUUUUGGAACCUUCUCAAGAAAAUAUAACAGGCGAACUUAUCAGAGUUCGAAAUGUUGAGGAACAAGUGAUCAUGUCUGAAGCACAAUCGGAGUCCUUGCAUAUAGAUCCAGAAAUUCAUGAACAGUAUAUUGCAUUGAUGUGCCAAUUUGAUCCUACAGGGGUAUACCAUUAUUUGCAGACUCAUCAAGAAACUUAUCGAAUAGAAUAUGUAUUACCUAUUUGUGAAGCCACUGGUAUUGUAGACGCAGUGGUUUGGAUUUUAGAAAAAAGUGGCAAUGCCAUGGGUGCACUUGACAAGGUCUUAGAUAUUAUUCAAGAAAAAACGGAGGAAAUUCUUGCAUUGAUUGAUGAGAAAAAAAAUGACACAAACGAUCGAUGGACAUUGCUAGAAAAAACUAAAAUAGAGACAUCUUUAAUGAAGUUAAAAGGUGUACUCAAGAUUGGCAUUCUUUUAUGUGAAAAUAGUUGUCGACGAGCAACUUUAGCCAAGGGCUCGGCUGGUGUUGUUUCUGUGCCUCAAAUGAACCGUGCUACAGAAAGUGAAACCGAAUUAUUAUGGUAUAAACUUCUUGAUGCAUUUUUGAAUGCUACCAAAGCUGUGUCAUCGAGUGUUAUACCACCAAUACCUCCAAUGAUGUCAGAAAGACUUUUAGCCAAUGGGCAAAUUUCCUCAUUCGAAGUGCCGAAAUCACCUAUACCACCACAUAUUGCAAAUCAUCUAAUCACAACUUUUAAAUCAUACGUUCAGUCUAUUAUGAGAUCCUUAUUGUUGUCCACAUCUUCACCUUACGUUUCAUUGCCGAGACUAUUGCUUAGAUUUAUGUCGGAAGCCAAAAAGAAUAGUACCGUUUCGGACUUUAGAGACAUUUUCGUGGGGAUGAUUGAUACAUAUAAAUAUGAAGGUCAGUUGCUGGCUAUGACCAACCGACUGUUUGAAAAGGACUUGUUCAUGGGUGUAGCAGGUGUUGUUAGACAGCGUGGUAAAGGCUGGCGUCCACGUAGGGGGGCAUGUGAAGUGUGUGGGGGUCAAUUCUGGGGAACGGAACUUAACAACCCAUUGACCCUCCGUGCUCCAUCUGGUUGGGGUUCACCUGAAAAGAAAACGCCCCAUUCAUCCACUAUAUCCAACCCUGCCAAUUCUGCAGAUGCCUUACCGACCCUUGAAUUACUUGAAGGAACUGAUCAGUCUGAUGAAGCUUCGACAUCAAUCAAACCACUUCCUCCAUUACCACCUUCUCCUCAAUCUUUGCCAACGUCGUCAACGAUUCAAGAAAACGACCUAUUACUAUUCCGUUGCGGCCACGGUUACCAUCGUAGAUGUCUCGAAACCGAAUCAAACUAUUCUACGGAGAGUGAACCAGAAUCAUGUACGGUUUGUCAAACAGAACGACGGAGGGAGCCGCUUGUAGAACAGCGUAAUUGGGUGGAAAGUUCAACAGGAAAAAAUAAAGGCAAGGACAAAGUUGUAUAA